AUGUCCCUCUUGAAGCGUACAAGAAGUGGCUGGGGGCAAACAAACGGCUCCGCACUCCGUCCAGUACAGCCGCGCAAGGCAGCUCGGGCGUUGUUUUGCAGAAUUGUGCGCUGCGGCUGCUACCGCGGCGGGGGCGCGUGCGCCGCUGCCUGCGGGAGGAGGAACUCGCGCCUCCGAGCCGGCAUGACAGCCGUCGGGGGCCCACGCACCGGACGGCGGUCCACCAGGCGGCGCGCGGGUGCCCCGGUGGACCUCCAGCCCCGGCCGCAAGGGGAACAGGGCCACCAACGCCACGGGUACCCGCAACGGCCCCGGCAGGCGUCCGACCAAAGGGGCCCAGAGGGGAAGAGACACCCCCAACUUCUUCAGCCCGAUCAGGCACUUCCCAUCCCACCACUACUGCCGUUGGUGGAGCCACGACGACGACGACCACCACCACCAGCGGCCCAAGUGCUGCGAAACACACCAAAAGCAACGCGGACGGCAGUGUAA